AUGCGGUCUCAGCAGGAGAUUGAGGAAAACCAAGCCGAAGAAACGGAGUUGGAAGAUUCGAAAAUUGAAAAAUCAGAAGAAAGAGAAAUGGUCGAAAGUCCAAAAGAAGAAGUUCUCGAAUCUACUUCAAAUUCACCGGAAAUUCCAUCGAAAGAAAAAUCACCCGAGGCUUCUGAAACCCUCAUUUCGUCUCCAAACUCGCCGAAAAUCCCUGAUUCAAAACCCGAACCCUCUUUCGAACCUGAACCAGCGUCCGAACCAGCGAAUGACCCAGAACCAGAAGCAGUGGUUAUAAUUCACGAAGUCUCAAUGGGCAAAACUACUGAAAUCCUCGAAAACGGCCAGCAAAGAGUCUCAACUUCGCAGCAAGAAGAUAAAUUCAUCGAAACACUUGUCGAAAACCAGAUCGAAGAUGCCCAGCCCUUCGACCCUCAAGAUCCAUUUGUGGACGACUACGACUCUGAUCAUACAUCUCUUGCGUCGGACAUUUCUUAUCCGGAACUGCUGGAUCUCAUAACAAACUUAGACUCCGACUAA